GGAGAUUUGUCACUGGGGCCACUAAUCACCCCGAAUCUGCUUGUGUGGCCAGACCCUUACAAAUGUAAAGUUCAUUGUUGUGCUGAAGGCAGGUUACUAUCAGUUAUACAGGCUGCCUCUAUACACUCCCUACCCAUACAUUUAAUACCAGCACCCCUAUCUAACAGACAUAAAAUAAUACAGAUACAUUCAUAUUCAUAUACUGUAUCAAUAGUAGAACAGUAUCACACACAAUAAGCAGGUGAUUGCCCCCCUUUCACUGACACGUAGUCCAGCCAACGUAAGCACGGGCUGCUCCAUCUGAAUGAUUGCAAGCUCCACCUUGGAGUUGGUCUCUUCCAGCAAACAAUGAGUUACAUCGAUGCAGCCGAGAGGGAAAAGUUUCAUUUCCUCAAAGCUUUAAGAAUGAAAAUGACAAACAAAUUGAGGCUGUGACUUGUGCAGAUUCUACAGGACCCGUCACAUCACUGUGAGAAGAAUAUGAAUUCCACCAACGAUGAGUCCCACCAGCAUCUCCCAGCAAUUCAAGAAUUCAGUGAUACCGACUCAUUGCCAGACAGUGAAGCAGAGAAAGAGGAGCUUGAAAAAGAAAGGGAAGAUGCUAUGAAACAGUUGGAGGAAUUUAAGGACAUAUCUGAGCAGCUUCUCGCUGAGCUGUCAAUUCUCGAAACCGAGUUUGAAAUAGAGAAAACGUGCCGGACACAGGCAGAAGUCUAUGCAUCUCAGGUCCAGAAAGAAAACCGAAAACUAAAGCGGAUUAGCAUGCAAGUGAUUCCCAUAUUACACGACCUUCCUGAGGAGAUACAGAAUCAAAUCUGUCAGGAACAGCCUUCAGCCAAUGACUUGGCUUCUGAAAUAGAAUGCAAGUACCAGCAGCAAAUCAAAUAUUUACAGGAAACUAUUAAUACAUUACUGGAGGAAAAGAAGGAAACAGCAUUUGAGCUAGAGGAACAGAAAUGCCAAAUCAGAAACCUAAACGAAAAGAUUGAAGAGGAAAGGUUGGAAAGAAACUCCCUUGCAGUCAUGCUUGAGCAGAAUCAAAGAACUUUGCUGCAGUUAACCAAAGCUUCACUGAAGGUCUCCCAGGAAUACAAAGAGAUGAUGCAGCACCUGGAGGUGGAGCAGGACCUACGGGAUAAAGCAGAAAUGUUUGCUCACAAGAUGCUGAGGGACCAGCAGGCAGCUAGCAGGCAGAGUAUGAUCCUGAUGCAGAGUGUUGAACCCAGUAUGAUGUUACUGAAAGCUCUGGAUGAAGUCGGCAGCCUGACCGCAGCUCUGGAAGAAACUAAACAUGAUCUACAGGCAAAGAUACACAAUUUAGAAUCUCAGCUAGAAGAGAGGCCUUUACAAUCAGAUUUUGAGCUAGUUCAAGAAGAACUUAAAGUAACAAAGGAGGAGAAAAGUUUACUGGAAAAGAAUCUGGAAGAAUCUGAAGAGAAACAAAGAAUGUUGCAACAGAAAGUCAGUUCCCUGGAGGAAAAACUUAGAGAGGCGGAAUCUCUUUGGUUGAAAGAAGAAGAACAAAAGCUUGUCCCAGUGCCUGUGCCACCACCUCCACCACCUCCGCUGCCCCAUUGCAUGUCUGGCAAGGCCCCAGAAAACCCUUUAGACUUCAUCAAACAAAGAAGAGGAUCAAAGGUAGCAGGAGAGAACCCAAGUAAAAGCUGUGAUGAUAUUAAAGCAGACGCUGUGAUGGAGAUGAUGGAAAGAAUUAAGAAUGGCGUGAUUCUCAGGUCGACCACGAGAGACAAACAGGGUCAGUCUGCUGCCACCAUCAAACGUAAAAGUGUCAUCAAUGAGCUUCAUGUUAUCCUGGAGGAUACCAUGAAGAAGCCCAUUCGGAAAACAAGUUUUCGGAGAAGUCGAAAAGUGAAUGAGAACGAACUGGAGUCUGUGCUCAUGAGGAGGCGUAGAAUAGUGGAUAUUCCCCUACAAACAGGCAGGGGCAUAGAGAGUCUCGGUGAUCCUCCAGGAAAAGAUGAGUCAAAACCACCUAUUGCUCCAUGGGUAAAUGAGAACAGUCCAGUGCUGGUCAAGCUUAGACAGAGGACCUUUGAGCUCCAGCGGAGUAGAAGAAAGGUUUUUUGAGAUUGCCAUUGUUUUAUGGAAUAAACAAACGUUCUAUGAA